AUGCCGCCAAAGUUUGUACGAUUACCAGAAAGCUCUGAUCUGUCAAGGUCCCAGGAUGCAGAAAGGAGAGGAUUGCUGGAUGACACUUCUGACAAUGAGGACUUCUUCUUAACAGGACCUAAAGUGAAUACAGAGAGACUCAGAUCUGACCACAAGAUGACACAGCUUAAGGGCCAAGUUGAUGAUGUUGUGGACAUUAUGAAGUCUAAUGUAAACAAGGUCAUUGAGAGAGGGGACAGAUUAGAGGACUUACAGGACAAGUCAGAGAGCUUGUCCAGUAACUCGGAUAUGUUUCGUACAAGGUCGAAAUCUUUACACAAAGCCAUGUGGUGGAAGAAUUGCAGGAUGAAGCUAAUAUUGGCUCUUGUUCUGGCUGUGAUCAUUGCAAUUAUCAUCAUUUACCUGGCAGUCCAUUUCUCCAAGAAAUCCUAG